AUGGAUAAUCAAGACCCCAUCGAAGCUGCCCGGCUCGACGCCAAAGCCGGGGUUAAGGGGGCCCUUGGGGCGUACAUCGGCAUGGUGCUGAACCGGGCGGCGCUGAAGGUCCCGUACCGGACCCGGUGCCGUGCUCGGCCUGCCGCCCCCGUCGCCGCCGCCGAGCCUGUGAACUGCCCCGAGGGGCUAGCCCUCGACGAAUCGAAAUUCUCGCUGGCCGAAAGCGAGAAUGUUCUCGUUUUGGGCACCGUUGUUGAGCCAGAGAGCUUAAAAAUGUCUGCCGCAAGCGAGAGCAGCGCGGUGGCCGACCAUCUUCUCGGCCACCAUGACGAGACGGUCGCAGUUGCGACCAACAGCAACGCCGGUGCCGGCCAGCCCGGCAAGAAGAAGAAUAGAGGGAAGAAGAAGUCGGCGAAGAAGUCGGCGGCCGAGGAAUCGGCUCCUUCUGCUCUUCCCGCGGGCGACGGCCCGCUCACCGAAGCCCUGAGGUGGGCACAGAUUUUCAGUCUCCUCGGGCUCGGCCCAGAGAUGAUGGAGGGUCUGGAGGCGGGCCACCUGCAGGCCAUGUUCGAGCAGAACAUGGCCAUGAUCAGGGCACAGCCGAUCUGUGCCAACCCCACCUGCGGCCAGGUUGGCCACACGCUCGCCGUCUGCCCUGUCCCCAUGGACAUGGUGGAGGGCGUAAUGUGCGGGUGCUUCUUCUGCAACGUGGUGACGCACGAUGCAGAUGACUGCCCGAUAAUGGAGUGGGUGACGCCGAUGGUGCUCGUCACCCAUCUGAUUACCAACCGGGCCGGGAUGCCGCCCUGGAAAACGCGGCUCGACUGGGUGAAGCUGGCCAUCGACAACUGGGACGUGGUCUGCUUCGCUCUGCUCCCGCUGACCCGGGAGUUUGUCAAGCGGGAGUACAUCCCGCUCAAGCGGUGGGAGGAGGUGAAGGGGCUCUCGCCCAUCACCGACCCGCUGUUCGCGAACGCCAACCGGAGGCUGCUGCAGCGGCUGGCCCAGCCCAUCCAGGCGCAUCCGCUGAAGGAAGAGGACUCCGACACCAUGUGCUGCUGCGAGGACGGGCGCAACGAGCAUGUCGUCUACCGGAACGAGCAGCUCCAGGUGUAUCUCCGCGACCCGGCCGAGGUCCUGGAGGAGGCCCGCAGGUACAUGGAAGCCCGCGAGCGAGAGAUCGCUGCCGCCGCCGCCGAGCUCGAGCCGGCGAGGAAGGAGCCGAAGAGGGCCGACAAGUCGCGCAAGAAGGGCCGGCGCGCAUUGAAGGAGGCCGCCGCUGUCGCCGCCGCCGAAGAAGGUGCUGCUGCUACUGCCGGACCAAGCACCGAGAAGCCAAAGGAGGAAGCCAGCCAUAACGACCGCCCCUCCGACAAAGACAAGGAAGACGUGCCCGUCUCGGAUCGCCUCCUGGAAUUGGCCGAUCAGAUGGAAGAAGUCUUCCAGAACCUACGCGGUAUCGUCCAGUCUUAAGCGACAUUACCUUCCUUUUUCACCCGAAGAAUGUCGACAGCACCCUCCUCCGGUAUACAUGUCACCGUCUACCGAUCGAUCACAAUUCGGCGUUUGAAACGACACAUUCCUCAUCGUAUUUCCUUCCUCUUAACACAGCCUCGUCUCGACCUUGCAGCGCGAACUGAUUUUCACCCGAAUCUUCAGCAUUUCUUGGUCGUUCAUCUCUGGGCUUUGGACAGGCCGUUUUCGGUCGCAUAUUUCCUUCACCUCGUCGAUAAACCUUCAUUUUCUUCUCGACGACUAGGGCAAAUACCAAGCUCUUCUGGGGAUUUACUAAUAAAAUAACGACGUCGACGAUUGCAUCCACG